GGGGCUGUCUUGGGUUUGAUCCACCGCUAUCAUGCACGACGCCUUCGAGCCGGUGCAGAUUCUGGAAAAGCUGCCGCUGCAGAUCGACUGUCUGGCUGCGUGGGAGGAAUGGCUUCUAGUUGGGACAAAACAAGGACACCUCCUCCUUUACACAAUUCGAAAAGAAAUGGGAGAGGUUACGACAUCAGACAGUGGCUGUUGCAACAGGUUUGAAGUGAAAUUGGAGAAAUCACAUAAGAACUUCUCAAAGAAGAUUCAACAGAUUCAUGUUGUGCCCCAGUUCAAAAUUUUGGUUAGUUUGUUAGAAAACAGCAUUUAUGUUCAUGAUCUGUUGACAUUUCAACAGAUCACAGUAGUUUCCAAGGCUAAGGGAGCAACUCUCUUCACCUGUGACCUGCAGUACUCUGAUACGGGAGAAGAAGUCCUGAGGAUGUGCGUAGCGGUGAAAAAGAAGCUACAGCUCUAUUAUUGGAAAGACAGAGAAUUCUAUGAACUGCAGGGCGACUUAAGUGUGCCAGAUGUACCCAAGUCAAUGGCAUGGUGUAAAAAUUCUAUCUGUGUGGGUUUCAAGAGGGACUACUAUAUAAUAAGGGUGGAUGGAAAAGGAUCCAUCAAAGAACUCUUCCCCACAGGAAAGCAGCUUGAGCCACUAGUAGCCCCUUUGGCUGGUGGCAAAGUUGCUGUAGGCCAAGAUGAUCUAACUGUUGUGCUAAAUGAAGAAGGGAUGUGUACACAGAAAUGUGCCUUGAACUGGACUGAUAUCCCAAUAGCCAUGGAGCAUCAACCUCCAUAUAUUGUGGCAGUACUGCCAAGGUAUGUAGAGAUUCGUACUUAUGAGCCCCGUCUCCUGGUACAGAGUAUAGAGCUGCAGAGGCCACGGUUCAUUACUUCAGGAGGUACAAAUAUUGUGUAUGUGGCCAGCAAUCAUUUUGUUUGGCGACUUAUUCCAGUUUCCAUUGCAACUCAAAUUCAGCAGCUUCUCCAAGAUAAGCAGUUUGAAUUGGCUCUGCAGUUGGCAGAUAUGAAAGAUGACUCCGAUAAUGAAAAGCAACAGCAGAUCCAUCAUAUUAAGAAUCUCUAUGCCUUCAAUCUCUUUUGCCAAAAACGCUUUGAUGAAUCUAUGCAGGUCUUUGCUAAGCUUGGGACAGAUCCUACACACGUGAUGGGACUGUAUCCUGAACUAUUGCCUAGUGAUUACAAGAAACAGCUCCAAUAUCCCAAUCCUGUGCCCAUUCUCUCUCCAGCAGAACUGGAGAAAGCACAUUUGGCACUUAUAGAUUACUUAACUCAGAAAAGAAGUCAGUUGGUGAAGAAACUGAAUGACUCAGACCAUCAGUCCAGCACUUCACCCCUCAUGGAUGGCAUCCCCACCAUCAAAUCCAAGAAGAAGCUGCUGCAGAUCAUUGACACAACCCUGUUGAAAUGCUAUCUCCAUACCAACGUAGCCCUAGUGGCACCACUGUUGCGCCUGGAGAACAAUCACUGCCACAUAGAGGAAAGUGAGCUUGUGCUCAAGAAAGCCCACAAAUACAGUGAGCUGAUCAUACUGUAUGAGAAGAAAGGUCUGCAUGACAAAGCUUUGCAGGUGCUAGUGGAUCAGUCAAAGAAAGCCAACUCACCUUUGAAGGGCCACGAGAGGACAGUGCAGUACUUGCAACAUUUGGGCGCGGAGAACUUGAACUUAAUAUUUGCCUAUUCUGUUUGGGUGCUUAGAGACUUCCCUGAAGAUGGACUGAAAAUAUUUACAGAAGAUCUUCCUGAGGUGGAAGCCCUCCCACGUGAAAAGGUUCUUAAUUUCCUGCGAGAGAACUUUAAAAGCUUGGCUAUUCCUUAUUUGGAACAUAUAAUCGAUAUCUGGGAAGAGGCUGGUUCAGAAUUCCACAACUGCCUAAUUCAGCUUUACUGUGAGAAAGUGCAAGACUUAAUGAAAGAGUAUCUCACCUCUUUUCCUCCAGAUAAAACACCAGUGCCGGCUGGAGAAGAGGAAGGAGAACUAGGAGAGUAUCGGUGCAAGCUUCUUUUCUUUCUUGAGACUUCCAGUUGCUAUGAUGCCGAGUAUCUCAUCAGCGACUUUCCCUUUGAUGGCCUUCUAGAAGAACGUGCCCUGCUGCUAGGAAGGAUGGGAAAUCAUGAACAGGCACUCUUCAUAUAUGUGCACAUCCUGAAGGAUACCAAAAUGGCUGAAAAUUACUGUCACAAACACUAUGAUAGAAGCAAAGAUGGCAGCAAAGAUGUGUACUUGUCUCUGCUCCGUAUGUACCUUUCACCGCCUAGUGUCCACUGCUUAGGACCAAUCAAAAUGGAACUUUUGGAGCCUCAAGCUAAUCUCCAGGCUGCACUGCAGGUUUUGGAGCUUCAUCACAGCAAGUUGGACACUACCAAAGCAAUAAAUCUCCUCCCAGCCAACACUCAAAUUAGUGAGAUCCGAAUCUUCCUGGAAAAGGUCCUUGAAGAAAAUGCACAGAAGAAGCGAUUCAGUCAAGUUCUUAAGAACCUUCUCCACGCUGAAUUCUUGAGAAUACAGGAGGAACGGAUUGUACACCAGCAAGUAAAAUGUAUAAUCACAGAGGAAAAGGUUUGCAGUGUAUGUAAAAAAAAGAUUGGAAAUAGUGCCUUUGCCCACUAUCCCACUGGAGUAGUUGUGCAUUAUUUCUGUUCCAAAGAAGUGGGUACAGCAGACACCUGAAAGGAUUGGCCUACAUAACAUGAACUAUGAUGCUUAUGUGGAAGGAGAGAGAGGAGGUGAUUUAACAAGCAAAGGCUUCUCUAAUCUUCUGAGCCCUGAUGCUUUCAAACAACUGGAGUCCAAAGUCGCUUCAUCAGAUGACUCUACUUGUACUUUGCCAAUAUUGGCUUAGUACGAAAAUAGACCU